CUUCUCCUUUGGAGAGCUCAUAGCUGGGUGUGCUGACGAGCUGAGACACUAGUGUCUCACAGUGGCUCCUCAGCAUCCAGUCUGUCACCCUAGACUUGGGCUCACUUAUCCAUUCUAGCUCUCUGACAGGAAAUACCAGAAAGAUAAUGACCUAGAGGCCAAAGAGCUGUUAUUUUGCAGAAUUUUGAAACCUCAGAAAAAUUCUGUGGAAUUCAGAACUUUUUUCUCAAGGGUGUCUUCUGAUGCUUGUGAAGACAAUGUCGAAAACUCUGUUGCUGCGCUUGUGCGUGCUCACAGGUGUGCUGUUCUUUGGUCAUCUCCCAAAACUUGAAGCUCAGGAAGCCCAAGAAUCAGCUGACCUUGUACUCUUAAUUGAUGGAUCAGAGAACAUUGGAGCUGCCAACUUCCGUCUCGUCCGUGAUUUGGCUCUCCGAGUGAUCGAAGAGCUUGAUGUGGGCAGGGACUUGAUCCGGGUAGCCCUGGUGAUCUAUGGUGCUGACCCAGAGAUAAAGUUCUAUCUCAAUAGCUAUGAUGACAAAGGGGACAUCCGGAAUGUUGUACAAGGGCUUAAUUUCAUCGGUGGAGCUGAUUCUAAUCUGGGGGCAGCUCUGGAGAAGGUGACCGAGAGUUUGUUGAGCCCAGAGGCAGGGGGCAGGGCAGAGGAAGGGGUGCCCCAGGCCUUGGUAAUUAUCAGUGCUGGGCAGGCCACUGAUGAUUUCAGUGAGGGUGAAAGGGCACUAAAGCAAGCCAACGUGUACACCUUUGGUGUUGCCAUUGGCGAGUCAGCUACUGCCGAGCUGCAGGGUAUCGCGUCCGACAGAAACUUUGUUCUAUCUGCCCCAGAUGUCAGAACAUUGGCAAAUAUGGGUGAUCAGCUGCUUCCAUUUAUUAAGGGGGUGGCCCAGCGCAGCAUUGUGGCAGAGACUGAAUUCACAGAAGCCUUGGCUGUUUCGAAGAGGGAUAUAAUAUUUCUCAUUGACAGCAGCAUGGGCGCCACCUUCGUCAAUGCAGUGCGUGAUUUCAUCAGAAAAUUCAUUGACACUAUGCCAAUUGGACCUGCUGAAGUGCAAAUUGGAGUGACUAUGUUUUCCAACACCCCAAGGCUUGAGAUUGACCUGAACUCAUAUGACUCGAAGGAAUCCCUGAUCUCAGCACUUGCACGAAUUAAACCUAGACCAUCACCUGAUGUCAACAUUGGUGCUGCCCUGGAAUUUGUCAGGACCAACAUGCUUACACCUGAAAAAGGCAGUCGCAUCCAAGAUGGAGUGCCACAGCUUGUGCUGCUGUUAACCAGCAAAAAGUCCAAAGACGGUGUCCAACAACCAGCUGAGGCCCUGCAACGAAUGGGUGUUCUGACCAUGGCGGCUGGCUCCAAGGCGGCUGAUGAAGCUGAGCUUAAGCAGAUCGCUUUCGAUGAGAGCCUGGUCUUUAUGCUGAAGGACUUCCGUAUUUUACUGCGCAACCCCAGACUGAUUGUAUCUCCACUUUCUACACUUUCAGGUGUUGUUGUGACAGAAGGACCAACUGAACCAGAAAUUGAAAUAACAACUAUUCAGACCCAGAAAGUAGUCAGGGACUUUGUCUUCUUGGUCGAUGGAUCCAACUAUGUUGGAAAUGCUAACCUGCCUGCUGUGCGAGACUUCAUCUCCAGCAUAGUCAACCGGCUAGAUGUGCGGCCUGAACGAGUGCGCAUUGGAUUGAUUCAGUUUGCUGAGAGACCAAGAACAGUAUUCUAUCUGAAUACUCACAGCACCAAACAAGAUGUGCUUGCUAGCAUAGCUCAGUUACAACUAAUUGGUGGAAACGUAUUGCGCACUGGAGCAGCACUUCAGUUUGCUCUCGCCAACCACUUCCAAGAUUCAGCUGGUUCUCGAGGAAGUCAGGGGGUCCAACAAGUACUGGUACUGAUCACUGGAGGUCAAUCUCAAGAUGAAGUGAAGAGAGUUGCAGACCAAGUAGCACUGGCUGGAGUCCUAACCUUUGCUGUUGGAGCUGGCCAGGCAGCAGAGACUGAACUGAGGACAGUUGCCUUUGUUCCAAAUCUGGCAUACUAUGAACAGAGCUUUGCAACGUUGCCAACAGUUGUUGAACAAAUGAUGACACCACUCAUCACUGUUGUAGGCGAGCCUUCAGUUCCUGAAGUCACUUCAACCCCAGAUGGUGAAAGGGACGUUGCUUUUUUGAUAGAUGGCUCUGAUGAUGUUAGAAGAGACUUUGGGUACAUCCGUGACUUUAUAAUCAAAGUCAUUGAGCCGCUUGAUGUUAGUUUUGAUAAAGUGCGUGUUGCCGUUGUCCAGCACAGUGACAGACCAUCUCCUAAUUUCUACCUAAACACGUACAAAACCAAAGAAGAAGUCUUGACGGCUAUCAGAGGGCUUUCCCCAGCUGGCGGCAGGAGUCUGAAUACUGGAGCUGCUUUAAAGUUCAUGAAAGACACGAUUUUGUCUUCAGCCUAUGGCAGUAGAGCAUCUCAGAAUGUCGCUCAGUUUUUGAUUGUUCUGACCGGAGGGAAAUCAAGGGAUAGUGUUAAGGAACCUGCUCGUGACCUAAAGACUGAAGGAGUGGUACCUUUUGGUGUUGGAGUGAAAAAUGCAGAUCCCAAGCAGAUUGAGGACAUCUCUCACAAUCCAUCAUUUGCCUUCACUGUAAAGGAAUUCAGUCAGCUUGACACAGUCCAGCAAAAGCUAAACAGCUAUGUGAGUCUACCAAAGGCACAACUGGAGGUUGUUCUCAAGGAAGUUGAAUUAGAUGCAGCACAGAGAGACGUUGUGAUUCUACUGGACGGGUCUGAUAACACUAGGGAUGGAUUUCCACUCAUGUGUCUGUUUGUUCAAAGAAUGGUGGAUAAACUUAAUAUUGGAGAUAGCAGAGACCGUGUGUCUGUGGUCCAGUACAGCACACAGGCACAGGUCCAUUUCCUCCUAAAUACACACUUCUUAAAGCAAGAUGUCUUCAAUUCAAUCAAAAGCCUGCAGCACCAAGGAGGAAGUCACCUUAACAUUGGGGCAGCUCUUGAUUUUAUUAAAAACCAUGUCUUUAUUACUUCUUCUGGAAGUAGAUACUUAGAGGGUGUUCCUCAGAUUCUUAUUCUGGUAACUGGAGGGAGGUCCCAAGAUGAUGUUCGAGGUCCAGCAGCAGCACUAAAACAAGAAAAAAUUGUGCCAUUCUGUGUUGGGACUCAAACUGCAGACAUUGUUCAGCUUCAGAUGAUAUCACACACUCCCAGUCACACUUUUACUGUACCUCAGUUUGAUGGCCUCCAAAAUAUUGAGCAGGAACUUAUGUCAUAUGUGAAAAGAGUACCUCGUCAGCCAAAGAGGUUGCGACCAACUACAUUAGCAGAUUCUGGGAAAAGAGAUGUUGUGCUUUUAAUUGAUGGCUCAGACAAUACAAGGAGAAGUUUCUCAAGUGUGCAAAAGUUUGUUCAGUUAUUGGCAGAGAGACUGAACAUAGGGAACAACAGGGAUCAGAUGUCUGUGGUCCAGUAUGGUGACACUGCAACUGUUGAUUUCUUUUUGAAUACGCAUUCAUCAAGAGAGGAGGUUACUGACAGUGUAAAACGAUUGAGGCAUAAAGGUGGAAGAUCCCUUUAUAUUGGAGCAGCCCUACAAUAUGUGAAUGACAAUGUGUUCACCGUCCUAUCAGGAAGCAGACAUUUAGAGCGUGUACCACAGAUUUUGGUUCUGCUGAGUACUGGACGGUCUAGGGAUGAUGUUAGAGGCCCAGUCAAAGUCCUGAAAGAAAAAGGUGUUAUUUCACUAAGUAUUGGUACAACAAAUGCUGAUACCCUUGAAUUACAAACCGUAUCCCACCAACCAAAUAAUUUUUUCGUUGCUAACUUCGAGGAACUUUCCACAAUUUCUGAGGAUGUUUUGUCUUUCAUCAAAGGGGUAUCAAUAAAACAAGUUCCAACCAUGAUUCCUCCAGGUUUUGAAUCUGACAAAAAAGAUGUGGCAUUUCUUGUGGAUGGAUCUGAUGACUCUAGAAAUGGCUUUGAAGCAAUCCGUGGUUUUGUCCAAAAGGUUAUUGAAAACCUCAAAAUAGAGGAAAAUGGUGACAGGGUUGCCUUGGUCCAGUACAGUCAGGAUACUACUGCCAACUUUUAUCUCAACUCAUAUUCAAACAAGAAUGAUGUAAUGAGUUCAGUACGGUCUGUGAAGCAUAAAGGAGGAAGGCCACAGAACAGUGGUUCUGCUCUCCGGUUUAUUAGAGACUAUAUAUUCACUCCAUCAUCAGGAGGAAGACAUCAAGAGGGUAUACCUCAGAUACUGUACAUGUUUUGUGGUGACCGAUCAAAUGAUGAUAUCAGAGGUGUGUCGCAGGCAUUAAGGGAGAAGGGAAUAAAAAUAUUUACCAUUGGGACAACAAACGCUGAUACUUUGGAGUUACAGACUAUGUCCUCUACACCAGCGCAUGCCUUCUCCAUCACUGACUUUAACUACCUUGACAACAUUUACCAAAGUGUUGCCAAUGUUGUGCAUGGAAGUGAAGAAAUUCAAGAGCAGUUUUUAACAUCAGAGGGCAAAAAGCAAAAUAAACAUGACAUAGUAUUCCUUUUGGAUGGUUCAGAUGGCACUAGGGAUUCUUUCCCUGCAAUGCGUGACUUUGUGCAAAGAAUGGUGGACAGGCUGAACGUGUCAGACAGGAGAGACCAUGUGUCGGUAGUCCAGUUCAGCAGAGAGCCAGAAGCCCAUUUCUAUCUUAACACGUACACAACAAAGGAGAGCGUUCUCAACACUGUUAGAGGUCUACGGCACAGAGGGGGGCGACCCCUCAAUACAGGAGCAGCUCUCCAGUAUGUGAGAGACAACGUCUUCACUGCCUCUGCCGGAAGCAGACGUCUAGAGGGUGUGCCUCAGUUACUGAUUUUGUUGAGUGGCGGAAGGUCAUUUGAUAACAUUGACAUGCCAGCCUCUUCCCUGAAGGAGCUUGGAGUCUUGACCUUCGCCGUAGGAUCAAGGGGCUCCGAUAGUAGAGAAUUGCAGAAGAUCUCAUAUGACCCUAGUUCUGCACUCUCAGUGACAGACUUUGCUAAUCUCCCCACUGUGCAAGAGCAGCUUUUCUCCAGAAUUAACACCGUACACGAAGAGACCAAAACUGUCUCUCCAACCCAGAUAGUUGAGCCUGAUGCACAAAGGAGAGAUGUUGUUUUCCUGCUGGAUGGGUCAGAUGGCACACGCAGUGGGUUCCCUGCGAUGAAGGACUUUGUGCUAAGAGUGAUGGAGAAGUUGAAUGUGGCUGAGGACAAAGACCGUGUUUCUGUAGUCCAGUUCAGCAGAGAUCCUGAGACACAUUUCAAUCUAAACACAUACACAAGAAAGGAUGACGUAGUGGACACGGUUAGAGUUCUGAAGCACAAAGGAGGAAGACCCCUGAACACAGGGGCGGCUCUCAAGUACGUUAGAGACAAUGUCUUCACUGCCUCCUCAGGCAGCAGACGACUAGAGGGUGUGCCACAAAUACUGAUCCUUCUGAGUGGCGCAAGGUCAUUUGACAAUGUUGAUGUCCCGGCCUCUGCUCUGAAAGAUCUGGGAGUCUUGAUAUUCACAAUAGGAUCACGAGGCUCCGACAGCAGAGAACUGCAGAAGAUUUCACAUGAGCCUAAAUACGCUCUGUCUGUGUCAGAUUUCAUUGAGCUCCCAAAUGUCCAAGAGCAGCUUGUCAACACUGUAGAGGCUGUUUCCGUUCCCAUCACUCCAGCAUCACCAACUCCUACUGCUGAUUUUGACAUCAGCAGAAAGGAUGUUGUCUUCCUGCUGGAUGGUUCAGAUGGCACUAGGAAUGGAUUCCCAGCCAUGCUUGACUUUGUACAAAAAGUAGUUGAAAAACUCAACGUUGAGGAGAGCAGGGACCGCGUUUCAGUGGUGCAGUACAGUAGAGAUCCUGAGGCCCAUUUCUAUCUAAAUACUUACUCAGAAGAGACAGACGUCCUCGACACCAUCAAGACUCUAAGGCACAGAGGUGGCAGACCCCUCAACACUGGGUCAGCUCUUCAGUAUGUGAGAGACAAUGUCUUCACUUCCUCUGCUGGCAGUAGAAGUCAACAGGGUGUCCCUCAGAUUCUCAUUUUGCUCAGUGGAUCAAGGUCAAACGAUAAUGUCGAUACACCUGCCUCUGCUUUGAAAGAAAGUGGGGUCUUGAUUCUUGGUGUUGGCACCAGGAAUUCGAGCAGAGAGAUUCAGAGAAUUGUCAGUGAUCCUUCAUAUGCUCAGUCUAUUUCUGAGAUCUCUGACCUUCCCGCUGUCCAGCAGCAGUUUUUGUCCACUCUCGCAAGCACAGUUUCAUAUGUGACGCCGGUGAAACCUACAGUCAUAGUGGAAGGAAGAAUGACCAGGAGGGAUGUAGUGUUCCUUUUGGAUGGCUCAGAUGGCACUAGGGAUUCUUUCCCUGCAAUGCGUUACUUUGUGCAAAGAAUGGUGGACAGGUUGAAUGUGUCAGACAGGAGAGACCGUGUGUCGGUAGUCCAGUUCAGCAGAGAGCCAUUGGCCCAUUUCUAUCUUAACACGUACACAACAAAGGAGAGCGUUCUCAACACUGUUAGAGGUCUACGGCACAGAGGGGGGCGACCCCUCAAUACAGGAGCAGCUCUCCAGUAUGUGAGAGACAACGUCUUCACUGCCUCUUCCGGAAGCAGACGUCUAGAGGGUGUGCCUCAGUUACUGAUUUUGUUGAGUGGCGGAAGGUCGUUUGAUAACAUUGACAUGCCAGCCUCUUCCCUGAAGCAGCUUGGAGUCUUGACCUUCGCCGUAGGAUCAAGGGGCUCCGAUAGUAGAGAAUUGCAGAAGAUCUCAUAUGACCCUAGUUCUGCACUCUCAGUGACAGACUUUGCUAAUCUCCCCACUGUCCAAGAGCAGCUUUUCUCCAGAAUUAACACCGUACGCGAAGAGACCAAAACUGUCUCUCCAACCCAGAUAGUUGAGCCUGAAGCACAAAGGAGAGAUGUUGUUUUCCUGCUGGAUGGGUCAGAUGGCACACGCAGUGGGUUCCCUGCGAUGAAGGACUUUGUGCUAAGAGUGAUGGAGAAGUUGAAUGUGGCUGAGGACAAAGACCGUGUUUCUGUAGUCCAGUUCAGCAGAGAUCCUGAGACACAUUUCUAUCUAAACACGUACACAAGAAAGGAUGACAUAGUGGACACGGUUAGAGCUCUGAGGCACAAAGGAGGAAGACCCCUGAACACGGGGGCGGCUCUCCAGUACGUUAGAGACAAUGUCUUCACUGCCUCCUCAGGCAGCAGACGACUAGAGGGUGUGCCACAAAUACUGAUCCUUCUGAGUGGCGCAAGGUCAUUUGACAAUGUUGAUGUCCCGGCCUCUGCUCUGAAAGAUCUGGGAGUCUUGAUAUUCACAAUAGGAUCACGAGGCUCCGACAGCAGAGAACUGCAGAAGAUUUCACAUGAGCCUAAAUACGCUCUGUCUGUGUCAGAUUUCACUGAGCUCCCAAAUGUCCAAGAGCAGCUUGUCAACACUGUAGAGGCUGUUUCUGUUCCCAUCACUCCGGCAUCACCAACUCCUACUGUUGAUUUUGACAUCAGCAGAAAGGAUGUUGUCUUCCUGCUGGAUGGUUCAGAUGGCACUAGGAAUGGAUUCCCAGCCAUGCUUGACUUUGUACAAAAAGUAGUUGAAAAACUCAAUGUUGAGGAGAACAGGGACCGUGUUUCAGUGGUGCAGUACAGUAGAGAUCCUGAGACCCAUUUCUAUCUAAAUACUUACUCGGAAGAGACAGACGUCCUCGACACCAUCAAGACUCUAAGGCACAGAGGUGGCAGACCCCUCAACACUGGGUCAGCUCUUCAGUAUGUGAGAGACAAGGUCUUCACUUCCUCUGCUGGCAGUAGAAGUCAACAGGGUGUCCCUCAGAUUCUCAUUUUGCUCAGUGGAUCAAGGUCAAACGAUAAUGUUGAUACACCUGCCUCUGCUUUGAAAGAAAGUGGGGUCUUGAUUCUUGGUGUUGGCACCAGGAAUUCGAGCAGAGAGAUUCAGAGAAUUGUCAGUGAUCCUUCAUAUGCUCAGUCUAUUUCUGAGAUCUCUGACCUUCCCGCUGUCCAGCAGCAGUUUUUGUCCACUCUCGCAAGCACAGUUUCAUAUGUGACGCCGGUGAAACCUACAGUCAUAGCGGAAAGAAGAAUGACCAGGAGAGAUGUAGUGUUCCUUUUGGAUGGUUCAGAUGGCACUAGGGAUUCUUUCCCUGCAAUGCGUGACUUUGUGCAAAGAAUGGUGGACAGGUUGAACGUGUCAGACAGGAGAGACCGUGUGUCGGUAGUCCAGUUCAGCAGAGAGCCAGAGGCCCAUUUCUAUCUUAACACGUACACAACAAAGGAGAGCGUUCUCAACACUGUUAGAGGUCUACGGCACAGAGGGGGGCGACCCCUCAAUACAGGAGCAGCUCUCCAGUAUGUGAGAGACAACGUCUUCACUGCCUCUUCCGGAAGCAGACGUCUAGAGGGUGUGCCUCAGUUACUGAUUUUGUUGAGUGGCGGAAGGUCGUUUGAUAACAUUGACAUGCCAGCCUCUUCCCUGAAGGAGCUUGGAGUCUUGACCUUCGCCGUAGGAUCAAGGGGCUCCGAUAGUAGAGAAUUGCAGAAGAUCUCAUAUGACCCUAGUUCUGCACUCUCAGUGACAGACUUUGCUAAUCUCCCCACUGUCCAAGAGCAGCUUUUCUCCAGAAUUAACACCGUACGCGAAGAGACCAAAACUGUCUCUCCAACCCAGAUAGGUAAGACAAACCGAGUAUUAAUCCAUGUCACUCAGUCUUUUACGGGCCUGAUUUUCUUCAAAGCUGUUCCAAAUUCUCCCUGGUAUAUAGAGAAGUCCAGAAAUGAAAAUGUAUGUAGCAUGCAAAUCAUGGUGAUGUAAUGAAAGGCUACUCUUUUUAUGAUCAGUGCAAA